AUUUGACACAAAUCUCUUUGGUAAGUGUACUUUGAAAUGGUGAUAUAUGGAAACAAAGGUCAUUGUCUUUGGUUUCUGUGUCAUCUGGAGAUAUGUUUGAACUAUGUUUGGUGGGAUGUCUUGUGUUGGUAGAUCAUUCAUACCUUUGUCAAAGCAUACAUGUGAAGCAAUUUUUACACAAUUUGUCUUGAUGUCAUACGACCAAAGGAUGUUCUUUGUAGUUUGUGGAAGAUAUCCAAGAAAGAUACCUUUUCUUGAAUUAUUUUUGAACUUUGCUCAUUGUUGUCCAGAUGGACAUACCUAAACACAACAACCAAAAGUUUUGAAAUUGUGUAGAUUUUCUUUCUUGCCUGUAGUAAGUUGUAAAGGUGAUUUGGUUUGUGCACAUUGGGGUAAGGCGUUCAAUGCAAGCUGCAGUGGCAAUUUGGCUUGUGUACAUUGAGGUAAUGCAUUCAAUAUCCAGACAGAAUGAUGAAAAGCAUAUGGCCAAAAUUUGAUUGGAAGGUUGGCACCAGAGAGAAGGCAACAUAUUCUAUCAGCAAUUGUUCAAUGGGCCUGUUCUACGGAUCCAUUUUGGUGCAAAGAGUCAGCACCAGUAGGUUGUAUAUGGUAUCCUUUUUGUGUGGAGAGUUUCCGUACUUCUGGAUUGUGAUACAGUUCUCCACCUUGACCCAUGUAUACCUACUUGUCGGAACAAUUCUGUGUGUUUAUGUCCAAUAAUUUUGGAGCCAGGUGAUUGGAGAAGCUUUUGAGAGUUGAGUAUCACCAAUCAAAUAUCCUGUGAAGUGAUCUGAGAUAAGGAUCCAACUUGUUUCACCAUUGAUUCCUUCAUAGUCUUGUGCACGGGAAGCAUCUUUUGACUUUGUACCACUGAAAGAGAAAUUGAUUGAUAGACAUUGGUAAGGGAGUGAAGCAGAACGUGUUGAAUUUUGACCAGCUGGUGUGUUUGUUUGUUUGGAUUGAAUGCAGGUACGACAGCAAUCAAGAAUUGGAUCGUUGUGUUUGAAUUGGGAAUACUGUCAAUAAAUUUGUGAGCAUUGUAUAGAUAUUUGUCAUUGAUAUGGCCUAGAUGUUAGUGCCACAGGAGUCGUUCAGUUUGUGCUUUGAUGGCAUAUAUUGGAGUAGCAUCAAAGAUCCAGUCAUUGACUGGGUGGUCAGGGAGGUCUGAUGGCAAUUGAUGCAUUUUGUGUUCAAUAUGGUCAUGUGCGCAUUUUUGAUAGACGUGUAUUUUAUUGAUAGUGGCAGUGAAACAAUUCUUUGCAAAUUGUUUGUCUUCUUUGAGGGCUUUCUCAAGAGAAUUGUAUUUAUUUGGUCGAGGGUGAUGAGGCAGCAGAUCAGGCAUUAUCAACGGUUGUGUGUAUGAUUUUCCAAAGGAAAUUACACCAUGUAUGGUGAUCAAUUUGUUGUCAUCUUUGUGAUGUUUGCAUUGAAUUGUGAUUGUAUUUCAAUCGUGGAAUUUGUACAAUGCAAUGGUAUAGUCUCAAAGUUGUAAUCGUGGGUCGGAUCAAACAAUGUUGUCUUCAGAGAUUAAGGUUGAGGAUAGUGUUGGAGAACAUAGACAACAGAUUCUGACGUAUCCUUUUUCAUUAAUAGUAGGGACAUGAAUAUAGCCUUUGCCAUGAGGGUAUAUGCCAUCUGUGGAGUUUAAUGCACUGACAAGUUUGAGUUGACAUGGAAAAUCUUUAGUGUACGGUUUGUUAUUGUGAAUGAUGUUGAUCAAAUUUGUACAUCAUGUGAUAUCAGCAUCAGUGUUGAUUUGUGCUCUGACUGUCAAAGAGACGAUGUUUGUGGUGUAUAUUCUUUGGUGGUAGUGGUACGUUUGGUAUGUCCUGUAAUGAGUUUACAUCAAUGAUUUUAAAUUCUGAUUUGUUGAAAGGUUCGUAGGGCAUAUCAGGACCCUUUUCAACUCUUGGUGAAAAAUCAAGAUGCAGAUAUGUUGGCGUUGUUAUGAUAUUUGAUGAUGGAUGGUGUGACGUAUCACGUGUGAUGUCACUGGAAGGGAUAAAUUGAAUAUGCAUUAUAUGGGAGGCAUUGAGCAUACAGAGAAUGGGGGUUGGUGAUGAUGGAGAGGAUGAAAGGCUUGGAGGUUCCAAUUUUAUUGUCCACCCUACACAAAAUCCAUUUUGUUUUUACCAUUGUUUGGUGAACCGUUGGGUGUGAAGGUUUUGUCAACAAUCAUCUGUGUUUCUUCUGGUGGUGCUUCUGUAUGAAUGAGGUUGACUGUUGCGUUUGCCUUUGCAAGUGUGUUUUGAGCACGUUCAUACAUUUGGCAGAAGUUGAUGAAAUUCUGACAAAGAUGAUUUGUUGUAGAAUUGGACAAUUUUUGAAAUCAUGUUGGGAGGUUUGGCCAGUCAUCAUGUCACAAACAAAGCACCKGGAGUUGAAUGAUGCUGGGUUGGCUUUGAUUUGGUUGAUGGACAUUGAGUAGGCAAAACUCAGGUGUUUGUCAUCAAUUUCAGCAAUUUGGAUCUGAUUUACCGAGACAGGUUUUGGAAUGUUUUCAGCACAUUUGUAUGUCAGUAUGUAUGAGUUGUAUUUUGAGGUGGGGAUGGUAUCACUGGUUGCACUUGCGUCACCAGGCUAUUAGGGAAGUUUAAAUAUUGUUGAAGGGUUUCAUUGAAGGGUUUCAUCGAAGGGUUUCAUUGAAGGGUUUCAAUGAAGUUGGAAGGUUUGAACCUGUGUUUUAGAUGAUCGAAGUCUUGUUCUCUGCAUAUCUCUGUUUGAAGAAAAGAGGAGUGUGUACAUCCAUUCACAAAGUGUUUGCAUUAAUUUUUGCCCUGUAUAUUUGUUUAUUGCCUUCAAUUAAUACACCAAGUAUGAUGUAGUGGUUGUAUUUCUUUCAAUAUUCCAUGAGGGAGAGAGGUCCUUGAGUUGGACAAGUUGUAACUAACAUAGAUGGUGAUUCAAUCAGGAGUGGGUGAGCAGUCCACAGUUGGGGGUACGAAUGUCACUUCCACGUUUGAGACGGGUUUCUUUUGUAACAGUCACCAUAAGUGAGGUUUUGUUGGUGAUGAUGUUGUCAAUAUGGACGACGUUGCCGGUGUUGACUGCAUUUUUCUUGAUGUUUUCGAUGAUCUUCAACUCAACAAUUUGUGAAAUGAUUAGCUGCUGAUCCUCAAAUGCAUCUCCAUCCUGGUUAAGGAACUGGUCAAAGUUGAGUGACAAGCGAUAGUAAGCAUUGUUCAUUUCAUUGGUCAGGUUGGGAUGAAGUUGAUGAUCAAGGAAGGUGAUGUUGAUGUACUAGACCUUUGGAUGGAAAGGGCAUUGAGGGGCAGUACCACGACUACUAGAAGGUGAUCUAGAUCAGCUUCUUGUUGUUGCUGGCAUGUUGAAAGGUAAUCUUGUACAGUAGAUUUGAAGGUCUGAGGGGGAAAGAUGGAAUAAAAAAUGUUUUGAUUUGAAUCAAAAUAUGUUUUAUGGGAUGAUUAUCAUGAAGCGAUUGAUUCACCUAGGGAAUGGAAGUAAAAGAGCAUACAAAAUUGCUUAAUGCAAGGAAUGAGUUUACCAUCUUCACAAAAAACGAAACCAUGCAAUGAAAUGAGUUUUUGUAAUUUGUAAAACAAGCAAAUGGGAUAAAGGAUCGACCUCUCUUUAGGGAACAAUUUGCGAUUUUUGCAUGCAAUGCGAUUGUACUUUCAGUCGAUAGAGCACUGGUCGUAUUGUAAGAUUCCACCAAAUACUAAGGUCCAACCAAGGAGGGACCCACUUCAAACAGCUAAGGAAGAUAGAAGUGAAAAAUGAUCGCUGCACCAUUUGGAUUGAAUUUGAUGUUGGCCGGUUUCUUUUUCCUCAUGGGAAGUAUUCCAAAACGUCAGUAUUGGUUCGGUGCUACCGCUCUUUCGGACACCGCAUUGAUCAGCGGUAGCACGGACGGGAUUGGCUUAACAACGGCACGGAAUCUACUCACCGGAAACAACGACGUCGCCAAAGUUUUGAUUCACGGACGAGACGAAGCCCGCAUUCAGAACGCGGCACAUUCCCUGCAAAAAAACAAAGGAAUCGAGAAGCCGGGCAAGAAGGCCGGCGUCGUGACGACGUCAAGAAACAGUGCUGUCGUGUCCCUCCCAGCAGCUGAUCUAUCCUCUGUAGACGGAUGCUACGAUCUAGCCCAGGCCGUGUUUGAACGGUGCUCUGAUGGAACCUCGCCAAAUGACGAUUCGAAUUCUUCUGCGGACGGUGGAACAGGAAGUAUCGAUGCCCCAAUAGCUUCGAAUCUGAAAAUUCUCGUGAACAACGCUGGAGUUUAUUCCGAAGACUUUGUUCGCACCGAAGAUGGAUUGGAAUUGACCUUUGCCGUCAAUGUGCUUGCUCCCUUCAUUUUGACUUCCAUGCUGCUUCCAAUGCUGCUCGCGAACGGAAGCAACAGCAGUAGAAGCAGUAGAAUUGUCAUUGCAUCUUCUGUUUCUCAGAGUUGGAAACUUCCGAAGAACUACUGGGACGACCCUCAGUAUCGGAAACGAUCCUAUUCUGCACACGGCGCAUAUUCGGAAUCGAAAUUGCUGGACGCGAUGCUCACCAUCGAAAUGGCUCACAGACUUCACGACCUUGCUGGUAUCGAUACAUCCAUCGUCACCUGCAACUGUCUUGAUCCAGGAACUGUCAACACGAAGAUGCUGUUGGACGGUUGGGGACCAAUAGGAAUACCGGUCGAGAAUGCCUUGGACGAAACAUGGUGCUGCACCAGCACAGAACUCGAAGGCACAUCGGGACAAUAUUUUGUAGGACGAUCAUCGCGUCGAGCCUCGGGAUGUGCGUAUGAUUCCUUUCAUCGUGAAAAAUUAUGGCAGACACUGUCUGCAUUAGCGCCAAGAGCUGCCGCGGAAUGGGACCGAGCCGUCGAUUUAUAUUCUACAAAAUAAUAAUCAGAAAACAACAGGAAGAUUAUCUUCGUCGAGAAUUUCUAUGCUUUGAUUAAUCCU